GUUGACCACGUACACGUACAGCACAAGCUGACGCACGAGCGUUGAGCUUCUGUGCGUGCAUCUCUCUCUCUCUCUCUUCCUUCCUUUGCGCCUUCCCUUUACUCUCUCUCUCUCGGUCUCUUUUUCUCUUGGAUUCUUUCAGUCCCAAAUGUGGAAAGCUUCCCAGAAUUCAACUGUCAAGGAGUGAAGGGUUGGGGUUUGAAUUAAUAGUGAUCUUCGUCGUGUAGAAUUGAUUUGGGAAAUGAGCAAAGCGAAGUCACCCGAGCCUCUCGAUUUCUUCAUCUGGACUGUUGAGGAUGUUGGUAGGUGGUUAGAAGAAAUAAAUUUAGGAAGCUACCGCCAGAUUUUUAAAGAAAAUGGGAUCAAUGGUGAGUAUCUGGAAAGCAUGUCCACGUUCACGACUGAGCAGAUACUUCGGUUUAUCAGAAAGUGCCACAUGAAAUGGGGGGACUUCAUUACGCUCUGCAAAGAACUCCGGCGGAUUAAGGUGGCAUGCUUGAAAGGCGAUCAGAAGGUCCGGAGGCCAUGGUGGGCUCCGUCGUGCCUCUCGAUAGUUUCUGUGAAGGCAGCGAAGCGCAACAGACAAUCAAGGGUUGUUUCACUAAAACUAGAACCAUGAUGCGUGACAUGGUUUUGCCGACAUCAAGAUUGCCUCGUAGAAGGAAAGUGAAAGUAGGAGCAAGCUCUUUGGCUUCUUUGCAUCUUGCAAGGUGCUUCCGUUGGUCCCUUCUCGGAGAACCAUCACCAACCUGCACGGAUAACCUGCUGCGCGUUUUCUGUUAAUUCUUGUAAAUGUUUUAAAUGCAUUUACCCUAAUAUUCGAAGAACAAUAUCAUGUCAUUGCGAACAAAGUGCAAGACACUGUAUGGCUUGUUGCGUGAAAUCUUUAUAUAUCAAAUGCUGGAGUUAUUUCUUGAUCGA